CUGUUAGUUCUGUUUUGUGGUUUAAACAGUGAGUUUGGUCUGGUAUUUCAUGUUGCUUCCACUCUAAAAACUGGAGUUCCUUUCGAGUGUUUUUUUUUUUUCUCUCUUUCUCAUCAGUUUGCAAAAGCCUCCGCGAGUCUCUGUCAGUGCACGAACAGACUUUGGCAUGCAUCUGUCUUGCAUGGGAAGAUAAACGACAUGGAAUUAUUUAUUUGGAGUUUUUUGCUUCUUUAACACCACUUUUGAAUUCUUUGUGCUUUCGUAUUGUAAUCAUAUUUUGUAUUUAAUACUUUUUGUGUUCCAAACUACAAUGAAAGAUAUUUCGCUUUUAGUGUUUAGCUUUUUACUGAAGUGGACGUUUAUCCUGCUGCCGAGUCUCUCCUCAUGUGUUGGUGAAGAAAGCCCAACUUCAUCAAACAUUGUGAAUCCUUGUUGCUAUUACCCUUGUCAAAACCGAGGGAUUUGUGUUCGAUAUGGCCUGGACAGAUAUGAAUGUGACUGCACCAGAACAGGCUUCUAUGGAGAAAAUUGCACUAUACCCGAGUUCUGGUCACGAGUCUACCGGCUCCUGAAGCCCAGUCCUAGCAUUGUCCACUACAUCCUCACCCACUUUGACUGGUUAUGGGACAUCAUCAACAGGACGUUCUUCAGGGAUUGGCUCAUGCACAAAGUGCUCACAGUAAGAGCCAACUUAAUCCCAAGUCCCGCAACAUACAAUUCCAAAUAUGACUACUUGAACUGGGAAGCGUAUUCCAACAUCACCUACUACACAAGAAUUCUUCCCCCAGUCCCUCAGGACUGCCCCUUGCCAAUGGGAACCAAAGGAAAAAUUAAGCUUCCAGACCCCAAGCUUCUGGCAGAGAAGUUCCUGUUAAGGCGGAAUUUCAGACAGGACCCUCAGGGAACAAAUUUAAUGUUCGCAUUUUUUGCUCAGCACUUCACGCACCAGUUUUUUAAGACUCACAACCGUCUUGGACUUGGGUUCACAAAAGGCUUGGCUCAUGGGGUGGAUGCUGGACACAUUUAUGGAGAUACUCUUGAUCGCCAGCUGGACCUCAGACUGCACAAAGAUGGGAAGUUGAAGUACCAGGUGGUCAAUGGUGAGAUGUACCCCCCCACAGUGCUAGAUGCACCGGUCAAAAUGAGCUACCCGCCGUCUGUCCCACCGGAGCAGCAGUUGGCCAUUGGGCAAGAAGUGUUUGGCCUGCUGCCGGGUCUCAGUAUGUACGCCACAUUGUGGCUGCGUGAGCACAACCGUGUGUGUGAUAUCCUGAAACAAGAACAUCCUACCUGGGGGGAUGAGCAGCUGUUUCAGACCACCAGGCUCAUUAUUAUAGGUGAGACCAUUCGUAUUGUGAUCGAGGACUAUGUGCAGCAUCUGAGUGGUUACCGGCUGAAGCUCCGCUUUGAUCCCGCGCUGCUGUUCACCUCACAGUUCCAGUACCAGAACCGCAUUUCUGUGGAGUUCAAUCAGCUUUACCACUGGCACCCGCUCAUGCCUGACAGCUUCCAAAUCGAUGGACAAGACAUUCACUACCCUCAGUUCAUUUUCAACACCUCUAUCCUCACCCACUACGGGGUGGAGAAACUGGUUGAGGCCUUCUCAACCCAACCCGCGGGACAGAUUGGAGGUGGCCAUAAUAUUCACCCAGUGGUGCUCAAAGUAGCUGAGGGGGUCAUCAUUGAAUCAAGGGAGCUUCGACUUCGGCCCUUUAAUGAAUAUCGCAAGAGAUUCAAUCUGAAACCCUACACGUCAUUCUCAGAAUUGACAGGAGAAGAAGAGAUGGCUAAAGAACUAGAGGAACUGUAUGGUGAUAUUGAUGCUCUGGAGUUCUACCCAGCUCUUUUGCUAGAGAAGACACGAUCUGGUGUGAUAUUUGGUGAAAGCAUGGUGGAAAUGGGGGCCCCUUUUUCCCUAAAAGGCCUCUUGGGGAAUCCUAUUUGCUCCCCUGAGUACUGGAAGCCCAGUACAUUUGGGGGGAAGACAGGUUUUGAUAUAGUUAAUUCUGCUACUUUGAAGAAACUGGUUUGCCUCAAUACAAAAUGGUGUCCAUAUGUGUCUUUCCAUACUCCUCCACCAGAUUAUAAACAUCAGAGGACAUCUCACGGUGAACUUUAGCACAAUGUACUUCUGGAAUUUGUUUUAUAUCACUGAUCAAAAAUUUGACUUCUAAUUACGGAUGUAAAUGACAAUGAAUUAUCUUGUAAAUCAGAACUGAAUUAGUAAUGACAAUUAUUAGAGUUGUUAUUUGUAACAAGGUGACUGAAGAAUUCAUUUUCAUAGUAUUAUAAUAUCAUUAACAUGUUUUGGAUGAUGAAAGAAUGUUUAUUACAACAUACAUGAGCAAUUUAUGGAUUUAAUUGACCCUUUGCUAAGCCCUGCCAUAAAAACAUUUCUUAAAGGGAUAGUUCACCCAAAAAUGAAAAUUUUAUGUUUAUCUGCUUACCCCCCAGGGCAUCCAAGAU